AUGGGUGUCACUCAAUGUCUCUUUCUCUGACUUCUGUGCUCAUGGCAGGAGGGAACCAGAGCAGCAUCUCUGAGUUCCUCCUCUGGGGACUGUCUGAGCGGCCAGAGCAGCAGCACAUGCUCUUCCUGCUGUUCCUGUGGAUGUAUGUGGUCAUUGUGGCUGGGAACCUGCUCAUCGUGCUCGCCAUUGGCACUGACAGGUGUCUCCACACCCCCAUGUACUUCUUCCUCGCCACCCUGUCCUGUGACGACAUCCUUUUCACUUCCACCACCGUGCCCAAGGCCCUGGUGAACAUCCAGACCCAGAGCAGGUCCAUUUCCUAUGCAGAAUGCCUGGCUCAGCUCUACUUCUUCUUGACUUUUGGGGACAUGGACAUAUUUCUCCUGGCCACAAUGGCCUAUGACCGCUACGUGGCCAUCUGCUACCCUCUCCACUACACAGUGGUCAUGAGCCACCGGCGCUGCGUCCUCCUGGUUACUGCCUGCUGGACCCUUACUAGUCUUGUUGCCGUGACCCAUACCUUCCUAAUAUUCCGACUUUCCUUCUGCUCUAAGAAGAUCAUUCCCGACUUCUUCUGUGACCUGGGACCCCUGAUGAAGGUGUCUUGCUCUGACACUCGGGUCAAUGAGCUUGUGCUCUUCUUCUUGGGGGGAGCAGUCAUUUUAAUCCCCUUUGUGCUCAUCCUGGUCUCUUAUAUCCACAUUGUUUCAGCCAUCCUUAGGGCCCCCUCUGCCCAAGGGAGGUACAAGGCAUUCUCUACCUGUGGAUCCCACCUUGCUGUUGUUGCCUUGUUCUUUGGGACUGUGAUCAGGGCUUAUCUGUGCCCCUCGUCCUCUUCCUUAAACUCAGUAGAAGAUGAUGUAUCAGGGGCCGUCAUGUACACAGUGGUGACUCCCCUGCUGAACCCCUUCAUUUACAGCCUGCGCAACAAGGACAUGAAGAGGGCCCUGGGGAGGCUUGUCAGGGGCAAGGUCUCCUUUUCAUGA